CUUGUUUAUGUGUAAAAGAAUUCUAUUUAAUAUGUGUACACACGAAUGUAGGAUAUGUUUCUUUGUAACUUGUAAGAAGGAAGAACCAACAAGAAACCAAACCAAAAUAAAGUUCUCUCUCUCCCUUUGUCGCUCCCAAUUAUGGUGUUUGAUUCAUCAAGUGCAACUAUUUCACUUCUCAGAUCUUAAGCAAAGAUGCUGGAUCCAUCAAAUGUUGCUCCAUAAAAUUGGCCCUUAAUCAGAGAAAAGAGGUAAUGGCAUCAUCACAAGAGAGGGGUGCUUAUAGAGCUAAUUGUUUUGCUCAAGAUUUUAGGAAGCCUAAUUCUUCUGAUCAACCAUCAUCAUUUUCGAAAGAUUUAGAAUCUGAUUGGCCGCAUAGUAGUUCUGUUGAUGAUCAUGAUUUGAAUUCUGAUAGAUCAACAACAGGAAAGAGAUGGUGGCUGAAUGUGAAAACCAACAUGGGGGGAAGAGCAAGUUAUACAUCUCAGCCUCACUCUUCUUGGCGGUCUGAGCAGUGUGCCGUGUAUGGUUUUGUUGAUGAUGAUAUCAAACUUGGGGGAGAUCAAUCUGAUUUUGAUGCUCUUUCAUAUGCCGAAAGCGCCAAUGUAGCCGUAGAUCACCCAUGGUAUGCCUCUCCAACAUGCGUGAAAACCAGCAGCAAUACCAAGAUGUCGAAAACCGAGGCUUCACUGCAUAAUGAUUUUCAUUUAACAGCUAAGAAGAAAGAACAGAAAGAAUUCUGUUUCUCUGAUGGUCAUUUUAUGGACUGUGAUAUUGCUGAUUUUUUGUCCUAUGAACAAUGUAAAACGUCAGCUUCUGAUCUGGAGUCACAUUUGAUGGGAGCAGAGAAAACCGGGCCUUGGUGGCGCACUGCUGGAAAAGACGAGUUGGCUUCCUUGGUUGCUCAAAGGUCAAUUGACCAUAUAGAGAAUUGUGAUCUCCCUCAGCCACAAACUAAACAUAUUAAGCAGAAGCCCAGUGUUGACCUUGACAAAACUCCACUAUCAUCUAUAGACUGGAGAGCCAAGACUGGUUCUCCCAAUAUCAAUAGUUGUACAUCUGGAACUCCCACCUCUGGCUAUUCUUAUCAGGAUUCAAACAUGAAUUUCUGUUCGAGCCAGAGCAAGGAUUCUAGUUCGAGCAGCGAGGAUCGGCAAACAAAUUCUGAGAACAGUAGCGUGUCUGACUUGUUGGAAGCAUUGUGCCACUCCCAAAAAAGAGCAAGGGAGGCCGAAAAAGCAGCGCAACAAGCAUACAGUGAGAAGGAGCACCUUCUGAGCCUCUUUUUCAGACAGGCCUCGCAACUCUUUGCUUACAAGCAAUGGUUUCACAUCCUGCAGCUGGAGAAUCUGUGCCUUCAACUCCAAAACAUAAACCAGCCUUUGUUGAAUCUGAUUCCAGCAUCAUUACCUUCGAUGUCAAUGAAGGAAAUGCAGCUGAAGAAGAAGAGUCAUCGCAGAAAUGGUAACAAAAAAUGUGGGAUUGGAAAAUGUGUUGUUGCUUUUGCUGUGGGUUUAGGCCUUUCUGGUGCUGGUUUGAUUCUUGGUUGGACUUGGACCAUGGGAUGGAUGUUUCCUUCAUUAUAAACUGAUUCAUUCACCAACACCACUCUGAUCGUAUGUUUAUGCUGAUAGCAUUCAUCACAAGUGUAUAUAUAUAAAUAUGAUCUUAAGGUCUUUUCCCCUCCUACUUUUCCAACAUCUGAAGUCGUAUAUAUUAAUCAAGGAAGAAACUGUGUACAAAGAAGUUGACUAUUAGAUAUGUGUAAUAGUAUGUUCCUGAAUUAUCAAAUAAAAUUAGUCAUAUGAUAUAUGUCA